GGCGAACCUUGCGAUUGUGAAAGCGUUGUUCAAAAGCUCGAGAGUUUUAGUGAGUACACAUUUCAGCACACACUCUCUCAAUUCAAGGAAUGUUGAUCUAACAGCAGCUCUAUCGACAAAGUAUUCAAGGAGGAUUGCAUCAGGAACCUGAUCUCAGCCCUGAUACUUUCAAGAUGGUCGUCAACGGCAGCACUUCGCAUGGGCACCCAGCCACGGUAGAUUAUGAAGAGAGCCAAGGAGAUGGUGAUCUGGCGCAAUUUAGACUAGACGACAAGUGCACACAUUAUACCUCCUUGAAAGAAGUACCUUGGGAUUUACAUAAGUAAGUUCACAUGCUGUGGUAUUUUCAUUCACAUUACUAACACCUUUCUAGAUACUGGCAGCAGCGUUAUAGCGUGUUUUCACUAUAUGACUACGGUAUUUUUAUGACAGAUGAUGCUUGGUUCGGCGUUACUCCUGAACCAGUUGCUACGUAGGCAUACCCUUACACUCUAAUCCGUUCGUUCAUCACUAACUGUCCACAGUCACAUCGCCCAGGACUAUGCCUCUUCUACGUCACCCACAAAAACAACCAUUAUCGAUCUGUUCGCUGGAGCUGGUGGUAACUCGAUUGCGUUCGCUCUCUCCAAUCGUUGGGCCCAGAUAAUAGCCAUUGAGAAAGAUCCGUCGGUUAUCGCCUGCGCUGAAAACAAUGCCUACAUCUACGGUGCCACAAACAUAACUUGGGUUAACGGUGACUGUUUCGAAUACCUCAAGACCCACGCUUCUUCUAUCAAUCCUUCAGAAACUGUUAUUUUCGCCUCUCCGCCCUGGGGAGGACCGGGCUAUACUACUGAAAAUAUAUUCGAUCUAAGUACUAUGCAACCAUAUUCUGUGCAACAUAUUCACGAGGCAUGCAAAACUAUGGAUAUGGCGUUAUAUCUUCCACGAACCAGCGAUCUCAGACAAAUUGCUGCAUUGUUGCCAGAAGGCAAGAAAGCUGAACUUGUGCAAUAUUGCAUGGAGGGAGCAAGUAAGGCCCUCGUGGCUUAUAUUCCAGCUAUUGAAUGAAUACGGUUUGAUCAGGUUAAAGAAGACGUCGGGUAUCCGGCAAGUUGAAAUGCCUUGAAGCCUAAGGGCUGAGGACUGCGGAGCUGCAACAUGCCAUUUCGGUCUAUCAUGUGGGAUGUGGGGGUGAACGCCAAUUUUGUUGCACAUCGGCAAUUCCUGAGGCAAUUUGGUGGGAAAGCAAUUUGCUACAUCAGCAGGGUAGUAAGUGAUGUGCAAAUCUAUGAACUAGCUCAUAUCUCACUGCAUAUAUAGCAAAAUGCAGGAGAGGAUAGCUAUCACU